CUGGGAGAGCGCUGGGACGGGCCGGGGUGUGUGUGUCUGUCCGUGUCUGCCCUUCCCUCCCUCCUUCCCUUCAUUGCACCUGAUUCCCGCUGUAAGUUUGCUACAUCUCAAUCUGCUUGUCAGAAGAGGCCGGUCUGAGCAAGACAAUCACUCGAGCUGGCCGCGGGCGGCUCGGAGCAGACAGCCGAUGCAGAAUUCCUCUACUCAAUAGCUGAAGGCACUGUCCAAAUAUCUUCAUUCCAUGGAACGGAAACAUCAGUGAAUGAUUCCUGGGACCUUUACUGAUUAAAACAUGGAACCUAUAACAUUCAAAGUUAAAAAACUUCCAGCAUCCAGUGAUACUUCGGUGGAUUUCAGUCUCCAACUUGUUGGUUCUUUGCCUGUGCACACUCUAACCACCAUGGCAAUGCUUCCUUGGAUUGUGGCAGAGAUCCGGAGACUAAGUGUGCAGUCUACUAAGGGAGAACCUAAUGUCAGCCAAAUCCGGCUUUAUGUUUCACCAGUAAGACUACGAUGUGAACUAGACUCAGGCAAAACCCGACAGUGGGAUCCUUUGAUUUGUUCCAGUCUGUUCGAAUAUAAGCCUCAACAAGUCCUUAAACUGAUUCAUAACAGCCACGAUCCAAGUUACUUUGCUUGUCUGAUAAAGGAUAAAUCAGUAAAACAGCAGAGCAUCUGCUAUGUAUUCAGAGCUGAUGAUCAAACAAAAGUGCCUGAGAUUAUUAACUCCAUUCGGCAGGCUGGAAAAAUUGCUCGUCAAGAAGAAUUUCAGAUUAAUCUGUCUGAUUCUGAAGACCCGUUUGCCAAGAAGUUUGAAGUAUUGUUCUGUGGGCGAGUGACAGUAGCACAUAAAAAUGCACCCCCGGCCCUCAUAGAUGAAUGUAUUGAAAAAUUUAACCAUGCCAGCUGUACGAAAAAAAAGGAGUUCAGUUCACUGUCCCAGCAACAUGAAACUGCCAGUAACUCAGGAGGAUUUUCCUUAAGCGAUAAAUUCCGAUCAGUCUUCCAACCAUUGGUCAGUGAUGAAGAGGAGAAAAAGCCAAUGAGGAAGUCCUACUCUCAGCCUGGGUUGCGUUCCUUUUCUUUUAAAAAGGACUUUCAAGAUAGUCGCAGGAGCAACAGCUUUAUCAGCUCUUUUGAGGAAGAUGCGAUUUUGCUGAACAUAAAAAGUCAACAUAUGUAUGGGCACAGUGUCGUACAGCCAACAGAUAUUGCAGAAAACCGGACUAUGCUGUUUACGAUUGGCCAGUCUGAGGUGUACCUCAUCAGCCCAGACACAAAAAAGGUAGCACUUGAGAAAAGCUUUAAGGAAAUUUCAUUUUGCUCUCAGGGAAUUAGACAUGUGGACCAUUUUGGGUUCAUCUGCAGAGAAUCUUCAGAAAGCGGAGGCUGCCACUUUGUCUGCUAUGUGUUUCAGUGCACAGAUGAAGCCCUGGUUGAUGAAAUCAUGAUGACUCUAAAACAGGCUUUCACUGUAGCUGCUGUGCAACAAACCUCCAGAUCUCAGCUCCAGCUCUGUGAAGUAUGUCCUAUGCAAAGCCUGCAUAAACUCUGUGAGAAGAUAGAAGGACUACAUCCUUCUAAAACUAAACUAGAACUACAAAAGCAUCUAACAACACUAAAUAAUCAGGAACAAGCCUCUGUUUUUGAGGAGGUUCAGAAAUUAAGACCAAGAAAUGAUCAAAAAGAGAAUGAGGUAAUUAUCUCUGUUCUGAGAUAUAUGUAUGAAGAAAAACAGAAGGAUCAUGUUCAUGUUGGGGAAGCAAAGCCGACUUCACAACCCUCUACAGAGAAUGCUGGAAAUGAAAUCCCGAGUAGUGCUUCCAGGUUCAGGCUAGAUAUGUUGAAGAGCAAAGCUAAAAGGUCCCUGACAGAAUCAUUAGAGAGUAUUUUAUCACGGGGUAACAAAUCCAAAGGUUCACUAGAAAGUUCUGGCAGUGUGGAUUUGGACAGCUCUUUAUCCAGUACAUUAAGCAGCACAAGUAAAGAGCCAUCUCUGCGUGAAAAAGAAGUUCCAGUUCCAUCAGAAAGUCCUGUCAAGACCGAUGCAUCAGCAGAUGAUCUCAUCAGUGACCCAGAUAGUCAUCCUGAUGAGCAGCCCGAUAAUUUAUCUCAGCCAAGCUUUAGACGGCGAGCAAACACAUUGAGUCACUUGCCCACCGGAAGCCAGGAACCUCUGGAAGCAGUUGAAACAUCACCAUCUGUUCCACAAAGGAAACUAAUGAGGUAUCAUUCAGUGAGCACAGAGACUCCUCACAAGCGAAAUUUGAACACAUCUGUGAAGGAGUCUAAAAGCUGUUCUGGUCAACCUGCAUCUCCAACUCCCUUAGCUCGUCUCAGUCCUUCGGCCUCUUCACCCAACUUUUUAAAAAAUCUAAAGCAUAAUUCAAGUGGAGAACAAAGUGGGCAUGUUACGCAAAAGAGCAUCUUCUACCGUACUGCUCUAAGGAAAAGGCUUCAUUCUUCCUCCUCUGUGCCAAAUUUCUUAAAAUUUUUGGCUCCUGUACAUGAAAAUAACGCAUCUGACUUUAGGAGCACAAAAAGUGACUAUGAGUCCAAAGAAAGCCAGCAGGGUGCUGGCAGUGACAGCCCUAUACGGACUCGCCGACAUUCUUGGAGGCAACAGAUAUUCUUACGAGUGGCAACUCCUCAGAAAUCCACUGAUUCACCCAAUCGAUAUGAUGAUUACACUGAACUGGGAGAUCUACCUCCCAGAUCCCCAUUAGAACCGGUUUGUGAAGAUGGCCCUUUUGGGCCAGUGAAAGAAGAGAGGAAACGAACACCUCAGGAACUGCGAGAAUUGUGGCAGAAAGCUGUUCUUCAACAGAUUCUGCUCCUCAGAAUGGAAAAGGAAAAUCAAAAGUUGCAAGCCUCUGAAAACAAUUUGCAAAACAGACGUCUGAAACUUGAUUAUGAAGAAAUCACUCCAUGCUUGAAAGAUGUGACCUCAGUUUGGGAAAAAAUGUUGAGUACUCCGGGAAGGUCAAAGAUUAAAUUUGACAUGGAAAAAAUACAUUCUGCUGUUGGGCAAGGAGUACCACGUCAUCACCGGGGUGAGAUUUGGAAGUUUUUAGCAGAGCAAUACCAUCUUAAACAUCAGUUUGCAAGUAAACAGCUGUCAAAGGACGUGCCCUAUAAAGAACUCUUAAAGCAAUUAACUUCUCAGCAACAUGCAAUUCUCAUUGACCUAGGGCGCACUUUUCCAACACACCCAUACUUCUCAGCACAACUGGGAGCUGGCCAGCUGUCACUGUACAACAUUUUGAAGGCCUAUUCUCUUCUGGACCAGGAAGUAGGAUAUUGCCAGGGUCUUAGUUUUGUUGCUGGAGUUCUGCUACUUCAUAUGAGUGAAGAAGAUGCUUUUAAGAUGCUAAAGGUCCUCAUGUUUGAUAUGGGCUUAAGAAAACAAUAUCGUCCUGACAUGACUAUUUUACAGAUCCAGAUGUAUCAACUAUCCAGACUCCUUCAUGACUACCACAGAGAUCUCUACAACCACUUAGAGGAGUAUGAGAUCGGCCCCAGUCUGUAUGCUGCCCCCUGGUUUCUCACUAUGUUUGCUUCUCAGUUUCCCCUGGGAUUUGUGGCCAGAGUGUUUGAUAUGCUCUUUCUUCAAGGAACAGAAGUCAUAUUUAAGGUGGCCUUAAGUCUUUUGGGAAGCCACAAACCCUUGAUUCUGCAACAUGAGAACUUAGAAACUAUUGUUGAUUUCAUUAAAACCACUCUCCCAAAAUUAGGCUUAGUACAGAUGGAAAAGACCAUUAGCCAGGUGUUUGAAAUGGAUAUUGCCAAGCAGUUGCAAGCUUAUGAAGUGGAAUACCAUGUUCUUCAGGAUGAGCUGAUAGAUUCAUCUCUGAAUGACAAUCAGAGAAUGGAUAAGUUGGAAAAGGCAAACAGUAACCUGCGUAAACAGAACUUUGAUCUCCUGGAGGAGCUACAGGUGGCAAAUGGAAAAAUCCAAAACUUAGAAGCUAUGGUGGAGAAUUUGCUGAACAACGAGGGGAAGUUGAAGCAAUCUAUUCUUGCUUUAGAGGUGGAGCGUGAAGCUUUGCUGCAGACAGUGAAAGAGCUGCGCAGACAGAUAGGCAGUCCAAGUGGAAAGCCUUUACUUACUAGGCAAGAUCACAUGGAUGCCAACUGACAGCUGCAGUUGUAACGGAGCAGACAAGUUCAACAAAGACAAAGGGAAAAACUGUUUUGUAAUGUCACCAUUGGGAUUUUAUAUUCUCUUCUCUGCCUUUUCCAGGCCUUACCAUAGCCAAGCGAAAGAUGGGAGUGGUGACUGAAUAAAUAUGAGAAACAUGUUUCUCAGGGAGGAGGCUCUUGCUUGUUAAUUUAUAGACACUUGUGGAAUAUUAUGGAUCAUACAAUGCAAUAUAAGAGCGGGCAGGAGAAACUUCUCUUUCAUGAAAUAACUGUGCACUCACAGGCAAUACACUGUAAAGAUCUGCAGUCAUGGACUCUUCCAUAAGUGCUUAUAAACCUAAGUGCUUCAUGUUGGUCCCGUGUAUUCCAUUUUACAUUUAAACAACUCCAUGUUAAAUAGCAUGCACUGUAAAAGGCUGAAGAAUUACAGCAGUCAAAAACUUCUGAACGGACUCUUCUGCCUUAUUGGGAUUGCAACAUUAGUAGUGUUCACAGAUAGAUUUGUGACCGGACUUGAUAUACUUCUGACAGUGUAAUCCCCUGCAGCUUGGCUGGUUUCCAAAAGCCACCUUGUUUAGGCCUCUGAUAACUGCUUUCUGGUACUUGAAGUGUUAACUUAGCGGUUGCUAGAGAAAUUAACUUCAUUGUACUUAGCUACAACUAAUUGUAGGGUUUCUGGAAUCUGUUUUCAUAAACACAUUGUUUUAAUACAUUUUUGUUUAACACCCAUUGUUUCGCUACUGUUGAUAGACAUUAUCUGAAAAAUGUAUUGUUGAAGGCAACUGCAUUGUACUUAACAGACAAUGCCUGUUAAGUAGAUUUUGCUUAUACUGACAAUGUCUUGGUGGAGUCUCUCUCUUACAGCAUUGUAUAGGAUUUAUCUUCAGACCUUAUAAGUGGGGGUUUUUUUUAUUUACUCCUGAUCUGCUGUGUGAUGCAAGACAUCCUUUUGCUGGGAAACUAACACCCACUUAUUUUUUUCAUUUCAUCGGGCACUCUAUACCCACCCGUCCUUUUGUGUGUUAGGGCUUUUUUUCCUGAAAUGGUGGAGGCACUCCAGAGCUUGAUUUUAUGCCAGGCAUACUUAAAUUGCUGCAUAAAGGAUGUUGUGCUGAAGUUUGAACUCGAACCUCACUCAGUCUCCUUACACUGUGUCUUUUAAGUAAGAUUACAUGUUCAAAAGCUCUCACUUUUUUCGUUAUUAUAAUGAAAGUAGUUUAGAGGCCAAUUAAAGCACUACUUUUUCAACUAAAAGUGCAACAGUAUCCAAGAAUAUUCAUUGUUUUGGUUACUCAAGAAUGAGAGCAAAUAGUACCAUAAAUGUAUUUCAUCUCUAAACACAGUGUGGCAGACAUCAAAAUGCUGGUAUAGUGGAGAUUUAUAUUUGAGAUAUGACUUUCCUAAACUGUCAGUCUCUUUGAAGAAGAGCAUAUUUUUCUUUAAUCCAUAUUGUGGAAGAAGAUUUUUAAAAAAUCUUCAUGUAAAUCUCUGGUGCAUCCUGAAUGCUAUAACAUGUGUAGAUCAAAUACUUCCUUGUAAAACAAAGGAAAAAAUUGCUCUUUUAUUUCUAAGUCUUUGAUUGUCUUCUGUAAUAUCUCAGACAUGUCUUGUUAUCAGAAAUCCACUCCAUGCUUGUCUAGUAUUGAAAUGCCAGACAAGGCAGAUAUUACAAAUCCAUUUACUUCUUAAAUUCUGUUCUUAAUUGAGAAACUGUACUGAAGCUCAUACUUCACAUUUUUUUUAAAUCUCUACACCAUUGGACCUCUUACUGUUUGACUGCUCAACAAUGUUGUGUUUGGCCAGCUUGGUGCCAUUAUUCAUACACUGGCUUUUUAAACAGAAAAGCAAUAAAAAAAUUAUUGAUGCCUGAAUUUGUUUGCACAUUUAUAUCUAGGAACAAAAAUAUAGCUGUCUGCAUAAUAGUUCUGAAACUAAUAAAUUAAGUUUGUCCAA